AUGGACGAGUUCACAGCUCAGCAGACCGCCCGGCAGCCGUUCACAGAUGCCAGCAGCAGACUCAAUGCCAAGUCCUAUAACUGGGAGCAGCAUGGAGAGUCCGAAGGAGAUUACUUCAAAUCGGAUCCCAUGUCAAUCGUGACAAGCCAAAUAUCACCACGGAGUAAUAAUUACGGAGACUACCUACCGUCGACCCCCGGCCCGCAAACGCCUUCUAAGCGAGUGUCCGCCGUAUCAGCAGCAUCUACUGUCCUGUCAGGUAGAGGAAAGAGAAAGACACAUGUGGGACCAUGGCAUUUGGGAAGAACGCUGGGAGAGGGCGCUACAGGGCGCGUGAGACUAGCGAAACAUGCUAUCACGGGGCAAGAAGCUGCCGUCAAGAUAGUGUCCAAAAAGUCUGCCAGGAUGGUUCAAAGUGAAAGCAUUGCGGCCAUGGACCGACGUGUUGGCAAUUUCGCUGGAAACACAGCGCGCCCCAUGCCCUGUGGUAUCGAGCGGGAAGUGGUUAUCAUGAAAUUAAUCGAGCAUCCCAAUGUCAUCAGUCUCUACGAUAUCUGGGAGAACCGAGGAGAGCUGUAUCUUGUCCUCGAGUACGUCGAAGGUGGUGAUCUGUUUAGUCACGUCUUUAAGCACGGCGCUCUGGCGGAGGAGGAAGCAGUGCGACUAUUCCGUCAGGUUCUCGCCGGCCUUGGCUUCUGCCAUCGAUUCAAUAUCUGCCAUCGUGAUCUCAAGCCAGAGAACAUCUUGUUGGACUCAUGGCAGAACGUCAAGCUUGCGGACUUUGGGAUGGCCGCCCUGCAACCGAAUGGUCACUGGCUCAAAACAUCGUGCGGAAGCCCUCAUUAUGCCGCCCCUGAAAUCACCUACGGGAACCCGUACCGUGGUGAUCGAGCAGAUAUCUGGAGUUGUGGUAUCAUUCUAUUCGCCUUGCUAACGGGGUACCUGCCAUUCGAAGGGCAUGAUGUUCCCAGCACACUCAAAAAGGUGCGACAGGGCAAGUAUAGAAUCCCCGACGAGGUCAGCCAUGAAGCUGCAGAUUUGAUCCAGCGGAUUUUGCAGCCCAGGCCAGAACAUCGCCUUACGGUACAAGAAAUUUUCGACCACCCGCUGAUGAAGAAGUACGAAAAACUACACCAAGCCAUGUCUAAGCACUACGUCGGACCGCCGCCACCUCUAUCUGUUUACGAGUGUGGUGAUCCAGUUGGUAGUGUCCAAGAGAUUGACAUCGAGAUUCUUCAGAACCUCCAGACUUUGUGGCACGGGGCAAAGCCAGAGGUCCUAGUGAACAAAAUCCUUUGCUUGGAGCCUACACAGGAGCGUAUGUUCUAUAAUGCGCUUGUUAGGUUCCGAGACGAGCAGCUGGAGAACUUUCAAGGACAGCCACUGGAGUACUCAGCCAGUGACUACCAUCAUAUUUCACGACGGCCAAUGCGGGCGAGGAGCAAGCGAUCCCCAAGCCUUCGUAGCCAACAUGGAUCUGUGAGACGACAGCAGUUUUCGGUCAAGAAGCAGGGUAAUCGUCGUGCCGGUUCUAUCAAGGAGCCCAUGUCAUCCGCCAGCUACGACCCGUUCCGUUCACCACGCAAUGUCAGGAUACCAGAGGCAGAGUAUGCACAAAUCACGAUUCAUCGCGAGUCAUCGGAUGCUACCAUGAGAACACCUGCUAAGGACAUUGAGAGGCCGGCGAACCCUACCCCUGACGACGACAUGGAUGAAGACAGCGAGUCCCCGCCAAGCUCACCUUUUGCAGUCGUGCGCAACAAGAAGCCCAAGGGCACUUCGAUGAAGACUUCACAUUCUCGGACAUCCCAAACGAGCUCCCGUCGAGGGACCGCACAUGCGCACACACCACGCUCGGCAAGUUAUCGCCGUAAUGUUUCGUUCCACCACAUCCGGCAUCGGUCCCAAGGCUCAGCUCACGGAAAAGGAAAGCAAGCACCGCCGAAGCAAGUGACUCCUAGAAAGCAAAUGAGUCAUAGCAGCCUCGACGUGCCCAGUGAUGCUGUCUCGGACCGUUACGGCAGCCCUGCCUUGCCAGUCCAACCGACUGUUGUCCGUGGUCCUGGCGUAGCAGUGCGAAGCUGCCCACAGCCAAAGAGACUUCGAGACGCCGACUUCAUCUGGAAGGACGAGACGCGCCAGAUCUCUCAAGAGCUGAGCAAGAUUUGUGAAGAAGCCUUCAAUGGAAGCUCAAUGUCUACCGGAUGCACGACUAGCGUUUGUGGUGAUACCGAAACACCCCCUACCUCCUUAUCCAUCGCCAGCCUUGAGAACUCGCAGCAUCAGAUGACAGCCAAUAAGACCAAGAGCAAGGCAUUGCCCGACACACCCAAUGCAUCGCCUUCCCGGGGCGGCCCGGAUCUUGCUGAGACCCGUCGCUGGCUGAUCAAGCAAUCGAGACAGGAGCCGUCUGACACUCUCCCUACUUACCUGUCUGGUGUGAUUAAUCAGUUGGAUCGACUUAUCGAAGAGGAUGCCGCCACCAAGCAAGCUACCAGACAGCAAAACCUAAAUGAGUCCACGUCUUGGACAAAUGACCCGUUCGUGAGCUCCGCCGAACCAGGUCAUCUCCCUAUCAUCUCCGAGGAAAUGAACUGCCCUACGGACAGCAAAAACCAGCUGCCCGGCAGCCAGAGUGAAGAAUUGAAGACAACACCUAUCAUUGGGACUCAGGGCCAGAGCAUACAGCGCGAGCCCAAAACGACAAUCCGCAUGGUGCCGCACGACUCGAUGCGCUCCCUCGCAGAGAUCAAGCCCUUGAACAUUCGUAAGAAGGGCAGAGAGCCUGAAUCCGAACCGGCAAGCGAGGAUACAGAGCGACCAAGAUACGCUUCUGCGCCAACCCGGUCAAGUCGAAACGUGUCUGGACUUGACCCUAUCGAGGAGCACCCCGGAUCUCAGACCUGCGGUGAUGGUAAACCCCAGGAAAACAAGAAGUGGUCUUGGUUUAGGCACAGGUCGCAUGGGUCCAGAGAGAAUAUGGCAAAAUUCGUCAAGGACAGGCCUAUUCAACCAAGUGCCGAGACGAUCGUCGUUCACGAAGCCAAGCAGCCGGAGGAGCGACCUCCUACCAGUCGCAAAUCGUCCGCUGAGUCAAUUGGAGGUCUCUUCAAGAAGCUCAUCAAACGGAAGCCGAGUAAGACGGCUCUCAAUGAACAUGGUCAAGAGCCAGAACAACAAGACCCCAAACCCACCGUAACAAUAACCGAAAACCCACCCUCCCCAACAAAGGCCAAGAACAACAAACAAAAACCCCUCCCCCGCCGCCCCCGUAGCUACACCAACAACAAAAGCACAAACUGGUUCGCCCGCGUCUUCCAAAUCAAACCCGCCACCCGCGUAAUGGCCCUAAACACCACCAAACUCCACGGCCGCAAAGAAGUCUUCCGCAUCCUCCGCGAAUGGAAACAAUAUGGCCUCGAAGAUGUUUACCUGGACAAAUCCAACAGCGUGAUCCACGGGCGUGUUGGGGAAGCCAAUUUCCUGCGCCUCCGGCCCGUCGAGUUCAUUGCGGAGUUCUAUACGGUGCUUGAGCAUAAGCGAGAGGCUAAUUUGAGUGUUGUUAGGUUCCGGCAAGUAAGGGGUGCGGCGUCAUCGCUCGGGAAGGUUGUUGAUAGUUUGGGAGUUGUUAUGGGGCAGCGGGGGUUGCUGGUGCAGGACCCGGGGAAGGCGAAGAAGAUGGCGAGUGUUUUUGAUGAUUUUGCGGAUUAG